GUGGAGAAAACCCUACAUGCAUGCAAACCAUCAUCAGGUUGAGCCGCCAUUUUUUGUUUAGCCGGCUGAAAAAUGAACGCACCUCCAGCUUUCGAGUCAUUUUUGCUAUUUGAAGGAGAAAAAAAAAUUACGAUAAUUAAAGACACCAAGGUGCCAAAUGCUUGUCUUUUCACACUGAACAAGGAGGACCACACACUUGGGAACAUUAUAAGAUCCCAGCUGCUGAAGGACCCUCAGGUGCUGUUUGCUGGGUAUAAGGUCCCCCAUCCGCUGGAACACAAAAUCGUAAUUCGUGUCCAGACGACCCCAGACUACAGUCCCCAGGAGGCCUUCACCAAUGCCAUCACUGACCUCAUAAGCGAGUUGUCCUUGCUGGAAGAAAGAUUCAGGGUGGCCAUCAAGGACAAACAAGAAGGGAUUGAAUGAAGGCUCUUUCUGUCAAAUGCGGUUGCUGUGCUCAUAAUCCGCCUGGUUUUUGAACAAAGAAAUAUAAGAAAUAUAAGUGGAAAAACACUUUUAACAGCAGCUUGGUAUACUGACUGGUCUUCAGACUACAAACUGAACUUCUCGAUUCAAAAUAGAUCACGUCACUUAAGCUUUUCUUCUAACCUGCCAUCAAAAUGUGUGGAAAUUGAGCCUUUGUAAUUUGCAAUGCAGGUUUUUUCACAAUUUAAAUUUAAACCUUUCAUGUUCCUUGCAAUCAGAAAGCUUCAGAUUGCUUUGUGCUUCUAUUUCUUAAUGACCAUGACAAAGGUUUGUAUUUUUGUGAAAUAGUAUGACUUUGAUUUGUUGUAAAUACAAUGAGUGAUGUACUUUCAUUGUUUUUCAAAUAAAAUAUUUGGCUUUGGCGAA